ACAGUACUCACCUGAGUAGUGCCGAUUGAGGUAGGACAGGAGGCUAGGCGAAAGAACUGCGUACGUGGGAACUAGCGAUAAUAUAGUGUAAUACAUCGCUUCAUUUCGACGACUCAUGAUAGAUUGUAUUCGAAACUUAACUUUCGACCCUGGGCAUCUUUUAAAGUGAGCCAGGAAAGCACUAAAAACGCCAAGAUGUCCCACUCAAGGGAUGUCAUCGAGCAAAAAGGACCCAAUCAAACCGUCUGUUACGACAGCGAAACGAAUUUAGAUGACCUCUUCAAGGCUGCGAUGCUUCCGAAAGACAGCCAAGUGCAGCUAAGUGGGCCUCCUAUGAGACUCCGAAACCUUCCGCGAUCUUUUUUUCAGCCGCCUGAAGGAGGAUCAAAAUCUGCUUCACAUAGCCGAGAAUCAAGUUUUGAGGGAACAUUUUCUCCACCUCCUCCGUCUUCCACUGGCCCAAAUUCAAUGUCUAAAUCGCCAGAGCAACAUACAAGUGGGUUAACUGUAAGUCAUCGUCAUACACAUUCUUCUCCAGCAUCACUGCAACAAACUUACAAGCAAAACACUUCCCAGCACCAACAUUUGAGACAGCAAAGUGCCGACAGUACCGAUAGUGUGUCUCUUCCUCCUGGAUGGGAGAUGGCAAAAACGCCAUCAGGGCAGAGAUACUUCAUAAACCAUGAAACCAAAACCACUACAUGGAAAGACCCACGUAAGAACCUUAGUGUCGGAACCUUGACCACUUCAAGAAGUGCUAAUCCUUUAGUGUCAACAUCCUCUUCUGGUGCAAAUUUACUGCCAAUAAACCUGGGCCCACUUCCAGAAGGCUGGGAACAGGCUUAUACACCAGAAGGUGAAGUGUAUUUUAUAAAUCACAAUGACUGCACCACAAGUUGGUUUGAUCCACGACUGACUCUACAGCUUGGAAGAUUGCCACUAAUGCAGAGUCCUCAUCAUGGCCAACAGCCACCACCCUUGUCUUCUCCACAGCAACAGGGUCAGCAGCAACCACAGGUGCAGGCCAGUUCAACUGGAACUCAGUCUCUUGCACAGAACAUUGCAGCAGCUUCGAUAUCAGCAGCAGUUACCACUAUGACUGGAGCUGUGAAUAGUCAGCUAAACCUUCAGCAACAGCAGCAACAACAAAAACUAAGGCUUCACAGACUGCAACUGGAGCGAGAACGUCUUCGGCUCAGGCAGCAAGAAAUACUUAGACAGCCGGCCUCCCUUGGAAAUUCCAUGCUUAAUGAAAUGAUGCUUAGGAGAACACUUGGGGAAGAAAAUCCUGUUGUUUCUAAAUCCCCAACAGGAAACACUAUGGACAUGACUCCUGUUUGCACGACAGGCAUGGACCCUUUUUUGGGAAGUUCUAAUCAGCAUGCUCGUCAAGGAAGUGAAGACAGUGGACUUGGACUCGGUACCAACUGUAGUGUUCCUCACACUCCUGAGAAUUUCCUUGGAAGUCUAGAGGAUGUGAUGGAUGGUGGAGACAUUGGGCAACAGAGAGGAAGUGAUGUUACUAUGGAAGUACUUCAUAGUACAAAUCUUAGCCUUGGAAUUGACAGCAUGGAUUCUGAUGACUUAGUGCCUAGCAUACAGGAAGAAAUCACAGAAGAACUUCUGUCUGAUAUGGAAUCACUUUUGACCUCUAACAAAGACAAUAUACUGACAUGGUUGUAACCCUUAACUGAAAAAAUAACCAGGUCAGGUGUGGUGACAUUUGUCCAUGUUGCCAUAAAGACUCAUUUUUCUGUCCAGAGAAAGUUCAUUUAACGAUGUGUAUGCCAUUUUAGUAUAAAGUAAUCAUUACUUUAGGAUCAUAUUGAUUUAAAACCACAUGAUUUUAUAAGCAUUUUGCUCACACAUAAUACUGUCUUUUCUGGUUGUUUUUUUUUACCAUUAUUAUUAGUAUGGGGAGUAAUAUAAUAAACAUGAACAUGAAUGUCAAAUUCAUUGUAAUGUAAAUAUUAGUACCACUUUACUUUGUUUUUGAAAAAAAAUGUCUAAAUCUAACAACUUGAUGAACUGAUUCCAGAAAUGCAAAAUAUUUUAUGGAAUUCAAAAUAAGCAUUAGAUAUAUUAUAAUCUUGAACAAAAUCCUACAACUACACAUCCUUUAAAGUAUGUGAUGUAAUGUACUUUCUAUAUUCACCUAUGAUGCCAUUAGAGGUCUUGUAAUGUAGGUUGAAACUUUGGGGAUUAAUAUCUAGAAACAAAGAAAGAAGAGUGAUACUUUCAGCUAAUAUGUUCUUCUUGCAUCAUAUUUUUUUAUCAUAUAAGAGAAGGAACUAUUGAGAAAAAUAAAAAAGACAGUUGUACGUUUCACUUUUUUUUGUGAAACGUGCAAUUGUCUUUGUUUUUUCUUUGAUUCUGUAAUUUUGAGUUUCACUAAGUACCGAACAUUUCAAAUAUCACUUACAGAAGGAAGCAUCUUAAUCUACCACACUAGUUGAAAUCUUCUGAAACUUUUAUUAGAAGUAAGAUGUGAAUAAAUCAUUCUUGACUUCCAGAAGUGUGCCUUAUUCAACUGCAUGUUGUAUACCUUCUGCUACUUUUAUUGGAAUUGGUUCCAUAUUAAUUAAUACACAUGCACUUAGAUCUAAAUGGUGGUUUAUCUACAAUACGUUAAAGUGUUUCAAGAUUGUGGUUCAAGUGUAGAGCCUGGAUUUUGUCUGUUAAUUGACAUCUGUUUAGAUAAUAUUUAUAUAAUAUUUUGCAUCCCAGUAUCUCAAAUGUGUCAUAUUAAAAGUAUGUGACUAAAUGUCUCUAGGAUACAUGACAGGCUAUGAAAACUAAAUCUUUAUGCAUAGCUAGCAUUGCAGUAAUUCUAUAAUUUGUGCUUGAUUUCAGUGUGUAAAAGUUUUUUCUAAGGGUUUACAGUAAUUGAUUUUGCCAAGAUUAAUUCUUACUGUUGUAAAUAAAAUGUCACCCCUUUUCUUUAACUUUUAAAAUCAUACUGAAUUAAUUUUAGUUUCUGAAGCUGUAUAAAAAGAGGACCUAUAAGGAGUAAAGAACUUAUACGGAAGUUCAUUCUGUAGUCAAAACUUUGUUAUUCAGUUUUUAUAUAAUCAGCCGAUCUCAAAAACUGUAAGGUGGACUGGUCUCAAAACAACCAUAAAUAUUUUGCCAUACAUUUAUUUUUUGGAGUGUCUUACAUAAACUUAGCAAUGGAGGGCAAGUUCUGGAAUAUAUAUAUAUAUAUAUAUAUAUAUAUAUUACUGAAUACAAGUGCUGUUUCUUUCUGCCAUGAAGAUGUUUAUCUAAAUGCUUUAGUUCAAGCAAAAUGACCUAUAAAUUUCAAAGCCUUGUAAAUUGAAACUCGUUUUACUCAGCAGUCCUUAUUUUAAGUCACUAAGGGAAACUUUACUUAUGCUAUUUGAUCUACCAAAAGGUAGUGUAUUUUUAUUUCCUACAGGCCUUUUUUGGAAAACGUUAAUAAAUAACAUAAAAGAGGAAAAGAAAAUGUCAAUGGGUACCUUUGUAUUUGUGGCCCUCCUUUGUAUUGUAAUCAUCCAUUUAAUAGUUAUGGUGUGCCAUUUGGUGACUUAAAGUAGUACUAGUUAAUAUACCUUGGUAUGGUGCCUGAGAUCAUGGUUCUAUUUCCUAAUUGGAUAGUGCAAUUUGUUAUGAAAUGUAAGAUUUUUCCGCCUGAUUAUAACUUGUGAAAUAACAUGUUGUAGAAAAUUGUAUUUUUUUAUAACAACUAGCUUAUGUAUUAGCAAAGCUAUGUUAUUAAACAUUCAAGAAAUGUUUUAAAACAACUUGCAAAAUGCACAUAGGGUACCUUACAGACAGAAAGACUAACCUUGUCUUGUUAGACAACACUGCUCUUUGCUUAUUGUUUAUACUGGUAGUGAAAGAAGUGUGGAAAAUUUACCAGUUGAUGUAAGUGCAUAUUUUGGGUUUUGUGAUAAAGUUAGGCAUAAAAACAUUUUAAUGUUUUAUGUGUAAAAAAAAUAAAAAAACUCAUAGUAAUGAGUAGCAGUGAGACAAGAUAUACAAAAAAAAGAGUUUAGUCUUCUGUGUUUUCAGUGCUAUUUUUGACUGACUCAGGAAUUUUCUUUGUUGUCUCUUUUCUUAUUAGUUGUGGAAAUAAGAAAAGGAAUGUUGCUUUCAAUUGUCAUUAUUAAGACCUAUUUCCACAUGGAUGUAAGGAUAUUAAUAAAACAUACUGUUGCAUGUGUUUAUUAUAUUUUCAUAAAUGAAUCAGAUUUCAAGUUAAUCACAAGGUUAUAUCUUGGAAGUAGUUUUUGUGUGGUGUGACAACAAAGUUAAAAUGUUACUACAAUAACUACAUAUGUGACUAAAUCUAUUAUUGAUUACAGUCAUUGUGCUUUAAACGUCCAGAAGAAGUGACAGGCUUGUGUACAGUGACCUGAUUUAUUCUUGUGUAGUCUUUAUUCAAAAAGUUCAAAAUUUUACACUUUUUCUCAUUAAAUUAGACGUGGCAGCUAUAUUUUUUUUAUUUAUAAGGUAAAUUUAUUCAGUUGAAGUUUAUUUUGUAAACAGCUCGAAUGUUGUGUUUUACUUGGUAAUAUAUUUACCAAUCAUAGUUUUAUCCAUCCAGUUUUUUUACCUUAAGAUGCAUUUUAUUUCUGUUCACACAAACACAAUAGAGAAAAAUUCGGUUCCCAUUUUUAUGUACCAUCUUUCUCUGAUUUAUUUUUGAAGAACACCCAUAUACUUAUGUAUUAUUUUUACUUGUGAAUACCGAUUUUUUUUACCACCUGAUUCUUUCAUACCAAGACCACAACUAUAUCAAGGCACUAGAAUUCUUCAUUGUAAUACAUUGGGAUGACUAAGUUAAUUACCUACUUCCAGAGAAUUUUUUUUUCACAAUUAUAUUAUUUGCCUGGUGUUUUAUUGCUUGUAAUUUAAUCUCUUUUUAUGUGAAGCUAUAGUUAUUCAUUUUAAAUUGUCAUAUUGUUCUUAAAUUAAUAUUCUCAUCUUUGUAUUGUUUUUCUCUGUUUGUGGACUCUUUUUAAAAUGAUAUUGUAUCAGUUAUUCUUUUUACCAGAAAUGUAAUGUAAAAAUUGUAACAAUAAUUGUUUUAGUUACAACCAUAGCUCACUAUUAAGGGUGAGUGUAAAGUUUAAUCACAAUACUGCAGUCAUUGAAAAAUGCAUCAUCAAUAUUUUAAAACAAUGUACAAAAUUGUAACAAUAAUUGUUUUAGUUACAACCAUAGCUCACUAUUAAGGGUGAGUGUAAAGUUUAAUCACAAUACUGCAGUCAUUGAAAAAUGCAUCAUCAAUAUUUUAAAACAAUGUACAAAAUUGCCAUGAAUUAAUAUUUUUAUCUUUAAUAAUUAACAGUAACAGUUCUGCAGUAUUACAAACAAUCUUUUCUGUGUGUUUUAUUUAACAUAAAUUAUAAAUAACAAAUUUAAAUGGGAGCAGUAAAUCAAGGUAUUGCAUUCUUCAAUAAAUAUUAGUGUAGAAUGAUAAUUUACAUGAGCGUUUACAAGUUUACAAUUUGGAUUGUAGGCUUAUUCACAUAGAAAAUUAUAUCAAUGACUGUUUGUACUUAAAAUUGAAUAUUUCUUUUAAUGAUAUUUUUAACUUCUUUUUUUUUUGGAAACUUAGCAAAGGUGGUAGUUUGAUGGUUAUCUAAGAUAACCAAUACAUCUCAUGAAUUUUCUGUUUGUUAUGGUCAGAAAAUAAAGGAUCUUAACAAAAAAUAACAUAAAAAAUUGGUGUGCCAAAGUGAAGAGAAAGUUAUUGGAGUAAUUAGUUAUCCAUAUAGACUCUCAUUAACCUGAUUGCCUUUAGGUACACUAUUGUGAUAAUGAUAACUCUGUGAAGGGUUCAGAUUUGGGUUUUUGGUUGCCUGUGUUUUUGUGACAAGUUUUUUGUUGUUGUUUUUUUUGUUAUGGUGAAGGAAUUUUGCAUGUUAAUCAUUCUUGUCCUGUGGAUAAAAGUCUAUAUUUUGGUAGUUAUAUUAAAUACAUGAGAAGUUGCUUUUCAAAUGUAAAUACUGUCAUUUACUGGCCAUGAAAUUAGAUAAUAAAAUCAAGAAGUGCCUUUAA